AUGAAGCUAGGCCUGAGCCGAGCAUGUCUUUAUAGCUGCAGUUGUGCACCGAUUUUCUCUUCUUCAAUGCCAUCUUUAACAACAAUUAAACCAAAAAUCCCAGUCUUUUUGAGACCACCUACUUAUUUAGUUACUUCAUUAGACCUUCAAAAAUGGCAUGGAUGGGCAAAAAACCUUGCCUCCUCCGUUGGGUCCUCUCUUGUGGAGUCUGAUAAUGGCCCUGACUCCACUCUCCUGUGUAGAGAGAUUAAUUGGCUCCUUGAGGACUCACUUGAAAACCGCUCCUCCUCCUCGCGCUUUUCCUUUUCCCAGUAUAAAUAUGAUACUAGUGGUAAAAAUGAGAGUGUCAUGUUAAGAAUAAGUUUGGAUGACCUUUACCAAUUGUGGAAGCAGAGGAUUGAAGAGAGGAGGCCUUUCCAGUAUAUAGUAGGUUGUGAGCACUGGAGGGACUUGGUGUUGAGUGUGCAAGAAGGGGUCUUGAUUCCGAGGCCGGAGACAGAAUUGAUUGUUGAUCUAGUGCAUGAUGUGGUUUCCAAUUAUGAAGAAUUGGGACAAGGGAUGUGGGCAGAUGUGGGUACAGGUAGUGGUGCUAUUGCUAUAGGUAUUAGAAGGAUUUUUGGGAGUUAUGCGAGAGUUAUUGCCACAGAUUUAAGCCCAGUUGCAGUUUCGGUGGCAACCUUUAAUGUGCAAAGGUAUGGCCUUCAGGAUGUGAUUGAAGUAAGGCAAGGAUCUUGGUUUGAGCCAUUAAAGGAUGUUGAAGGACAACUUGUAGGUAUUGUGAGUAAUCCACCAUACAUACCAAGUGACAAUAUCUCUGGACUACAAGCUGAAGUUGGAAGACAUGAACCAAGAGUUGCAUUAGAUGGUGGUGCUAGUGGCAUGGAUUAUCUUCUUCAUCUUUGCAAUGGGGCUGCUGCAAUGUUGAAACCUGGUGGAUUUUUUGCUUUUGAAACUAAUGGGGAGAAGCAAUGCGAGUUUCUUAUAGAUUACAUGCAGAAUGACAUUGCAGGAAGUUUUUGUAAUCUGAACAUUGUAUCUGAUUUUGCUGGUAUCCAAAGAUUUGUGACUGGGUUCCGCCAAUGA